GCAUCUUUAGGCGUGGCGAGAUGUAAACAUACUUGAACCUAUUGCGUCAUCACAUGAGUCACCUACCCUGUGUUAACCCGUGCUCCCCUGUGGCUCCCCGGCCCUCCCCUGGAUCCACAUUCCCAGGGGUUUUACUAUGGUUGUUAAUGUCUACUGGGAAGCCGUGUUGCCUUACUAAGAUGCAUUGAGAAGCUUGCCAACGCCAGUACAAACACGUCGUGCCCGCAGCAGCGAGUCCGGCACACACACACACACACACCACUGCGGAAGAUGGAAUAACUUUAUAACGUGCCCCGGAGACACCGCUGUGGCAGGGCUGUGCAGGGUGGCUUGGGGGCAGUCAGGUGCAGCCGGUGCCCUCCAGCUGUGCCUCCAACCCAGGGUGCCAGCGCUGGCCACGGCACACCUCCACCACCACCACAGGGGCAGCCAUGGGUGAAGUGGACAAGCCGUUUGGGUGCCCUCAGCCGGGGUGUGGCAUGAGCUUCACCAACGAGGACCGUCUCACCGUCCACCGGCGGCGCCACGAGAUGCAGCUGACGGUGAACGGGGAGCACCACACGCCGUCUCUAGUCAAGCACCACGGCUUCAUCAUCGACCAGACGCCCACCCCCACCAGGUUCCUGAGGCAGUGUGAGGAGGUGGGGCUCUUCCAGGAGAUUAGUCUAAACCCCUUUGAUGAGCAGUUCCGGCGAGCGUCCCUCCUGAGGUCACACCACUCUAUAACUGAGUCCAUCGGGGGAGGCGGGGAGAGCCUGGACACCCCAAGAGUCCUCCCUCCGCCAGCGGACUCCGACGAGACCAUCUCCUCCACCUCCAGGGAUGACAUCUCCACCCUCACCACCACCAACCCCACCCUCACCACCACCUCCAGCCACGCCUCGUACAUGCCAUCCAACUCCACCUCAACCACCUGUCCUGGAACGCUGCCAUCCGCUAAGGUGGUGGACAUGGUGGAGGAGGAGGAGUUAGAGUUGGAGAGGGGUGAAGUGAGAGCCGCCAGGUCGCUCUCCCUCAAUGUGUCGUCUGCGGCGGCGGCGGCGGUGGAGGCGGGGCAGCUCUCCGGCUCAGUGAUCUCGACGCCAACGCCAGUCAUCACGGCGGGGCCGUCCGUCACCCAGUCCCUCGGUGCAGUUGAGAUUGGCAGUGUGGCAGCGUCUCUCAAGAUGGGCGGGUCGUUGCCGGCGUCCACACAGCAGCCCGCCAUCUGUGCCGCCCCGAGCGGUGUGCCGGCCUCACCCAGUGCCACAGUCCUUCAGCUACUCCUCAGGUUACCAAACGGCCAGGCUAUUCCCGUUGAGAUUCCCGCCACCCCAGUCGUGUCCUCGGCUGCCCAGACGGGAACCACCAGCAGCAGCACCUCCGUCGCCUCCAUGGUCGCCUCCCCACCUAACUCACAUGACAAGUCGCCUCAACAGUCACUUGCUAAAAUGAAGCUGAAGCAGGCGCUGGCCUCGAGCAGCACUGCUGCACGGCCAGGUUGCAGCAAGACCUCGCGGGCCAACACCGCCGACCGCAUCGCAGAGAUGACGCGCUCCAGAAACUUCAGCGGCACAAGCAGCACAGAGGGCGAGUGGGAUGACGAUGGCACGUCCGGCAGCUGCAACUCCACAAAGGGGGAGAGGAAGCGACGCCACUCCUCGGACAACGAAGACCCCGUCGAGAAGAGAAAAAAGUUCCUGGAGAGAAAUAGAGCGGCUGCCAUUCGGUGCCGAGAGAAGAAGAAAAAAUGGAUUGAGAACCUUUCCAUCAAGUACGACGAGCUGGGGAGCAUCAACCAGAAGCUGCAGUCCGAGGUAUCGUCCCUGCGCUCGGAGGUGGCCGUGCUCAAGUCCAUGCUGCUGCAACACAAGGACUGCCCCGUCACGCUGGCCAUGCAGGGAGAUGGCAGCCUUGACGGAAUGAACGGUAGCUGCCCGCCGGCCGCCUUACCCCCCAUGCUGGAUCCGGUGCCCGAGACAGCCCUCGCACACAAGCCACGCAUUCGCUCCCUCUCCCUGCCCUCCAUACCCUCCUGCGAGAGCUCCCCAGUUGACCCCCUCCCUGUUAACCUGUCCUGCUGUGUCCAUGCCCCGCCACCAGCAAGCACCAUCGUCACAUCGGCCUCCUCAACCUCGUCCCCGUCCAACAAGGUGAGUGUCGGGCAGCCAGCCUUCCUCACAUCCGGCAGCCCCGUCAACCUCACCAACACCUUCAUUACCACCAGCCAACACCACCACCACCACCAACAGUCCCCUCACAGCUCCGCCACCUCCAUCACCCGCAACCCCCAGUCCGGGACCAUCAUAAAAAUCACCCCGGGUCCUGUACCUCAAGGACGAGCCUCAUCCCCCCACCCGACCCAGCUCCUUGCCCAGGCUGUGGCGCCCUCCCCGGUGACCUCUGGAGCGCACACAGGCAAAAUGGGUAAGAUCAUGCUGGGGCCACCUGAGCUCCUGGGCACAGAGGUGAACCCCAAGACAACAACACUGAUGAUCAACGGGACGCCCAACGUGAUAAUGGCGGCGGCGGCUCCGAUGGGCCAUGCGGCGACGCUUUCCCAGCCGCAGCUCCUCAACCUCACCCUCCAGACGCCCCACAGCAAGGCGUCGUCCACUGUCCUCCGCAAACCCAACUAAACCUUAGGAUAGACUCAAGUACAAUAAGUUAAUUUUGUACCGUUCUCACCGAAACGAAUCUUGCCCGAAGGUUCUUGCUGUUGAGCAUGUAGUUGUUAAGGUUUAUACUACUUUAUAUAGCUGAAGAUUUUUCUAAAUACAUAUAAGGAAAAAAUUGUGGCGCGCACACACACAGUUUUUAAGUGUGGAUUUACUUACGUUGAAUAUAUAUUAUUAUUUAGCAGGUUACUGAUACCGCAUUGUUAAAAGUCCUUACGGAGUUUGUUUAAAUUACGACAAAGAGAAAUAUUGUUUACAGAAAUUAUAUUCACUAACGAAGUCUUGCUGUGCUCUCUGAGGGCACAAGCAAACACACAAUGCAGUUGCUUUUCAGUGACAUUGAAAGUGCAAAUAAUCUUGUUUACAUGAAAA